CCCGAGGCGGCGGCUGGGCGCAAGGCAUGCAGUGCUCCUGAAGCUGACACCAGAUCGACAUGAGCCUGACUAGUGGAAAUGUUAACAUGUCCCCGAGUAUAAAAACAGGUCGUCAUCCCCCUGGAUCUUCCGACACAGACACCAAGACCAGACUGGACAAGCCAAAUCCCCAGUCCUCCCCCGUACGACUUUGACAGCACAAACAAACACACAAAACAGACCUAUACGUCCAGCCUCGACAACCGCCGCCAUGUCGUACCACAUCUCCGCGCCGGACGAGUACCUCGCCAUCACAGGCAUGGGUAUCCGGACCGUGCGCAUCACAAAGGCCGCCUGGGUCUGGCCACUCCAGCGAUGCAUGCGCUUCUCCGUGCAACCGCAGGACUACCCCAUGGACCUCCAGGCCAUGACGCACGAGAAGCUCAACUUUAAGCUCCCGACCGUCUUCACCAUCGGCCCCGAUGUCAACCAACGCGGUGGCAGCGGCGCCGAGGCCAAAGGCGCCGUCGUCGACAAGGGCGACGCCCUCAUGAAGUACGCCAUGCUCCUCGCCGACUCCAAGGCGUCCAAGUCGUCCCGCGCCCGGGGCGGCGAGCCCGGCCAGAGCGAGCAGCAGGAGCACGUCAGCUCCAUCAUCAAGGGCAUCAUCGAGGGCGAGACCCGCGUCCUCGUCUCGAGCAUGACCAUGGAGGAGAUCUUUACCGAGCGCGAAGAGUUCAAGAGGAAGAUCUACAAGAACAUCCAGGAGGAGCUCAAGCAGUUUGGCCUCAAAAUCUACAACGCCAACGUCAAGGAGCUCCGCGACGCCCCUGGCUCCGUCUACUUUGAGAGUCUCUCCCGCAAGGCCCACGAGGGCGCCACCAACCAGGCCAGGAUCGACGUCGCCGAGGCCCAGCUCAGGGGUACCGUCGGCGAAGCCCAGCGCAAGGGCGAGCAGGAGCGGGAGCUCGCCAAGAUCAGCGCCAGCACCGCCGUCCAGAGAACAGAGCGCGACGCCGAGCGCGCAAAGGCCGAGGCCCUGCUUCAGACCCAACAGGCCUCCCUCGACAGGGAGGUUGACAUUGCCCGUGCUGAGGCCACGCGCGCCCUGGAGGUCAGGGACGAGGAGCUGCGCAAGGAUGUCGAGCAGCACCGUGCCGCCGCUGAGACGGAGCGUCUGCGUGCCAGCACCGUCGUCAAGGCCACCAUUGAGAGGGAGUCGGCUCAGCAGCGCGCCGACGCGGAUGCCUACCAGAUCGAGGCCGCCGCCCGCGCCGACGCCGUCAAGACCGAGGAGAAUGCAAAGGCUGAGGCGGCCGCCGGCCAACGCCAGGCCGACGCGGAAGCCUAUACCAUCCAGAAGCGCGCCGAGGCGCGCGCCAUGGCCGAGACACGCGCAGCCGACGCAGACGCCUACGUCAAGACCAAGGACGCCGAGGCUCAAAAGGUCGUCUCCGACGCCGAGGCCUACGCCACCAUCAAGAAGGCAGAGGGUCUCACCGCCAUGGCCGGUGCGUACAGAGAGCUGGCCGGUGCCUUUGGUGGACCCGAUGGCCUCAUCAAGUACCUCAUGAUCGACCGUGGUACCUACGUCGAGCUCGCCAACGCCAACAGCACCGCCGUCCAGGGCAUGCAGCCCAAGAUCAGCGUGUGGAACACGGGCGACGGCGGUCACUCUGGUGCGGGUGGUGGUGGUGACCCUGCUGACGCGACGAGGCGCGUGUACCAGAUGCUUCCUCCCCUGAUGGAGACCAUCCACGACCAGACGGGCAUCACCCUGCCAGAGUGGCAGUUUGGCAAGAUGGCUGCCCAAACGGAGGCCAUUGGCAAGGAGCACAAGACGAAUGGAGAGAGGUGAUGCUGAAGACAGCUCGUCGAGGUGGUGUAGGAUACGUUGUGGAACGCAGAGGGCAUGCAGUGCCUUUCGAGAAUCUUUUCCUUUGUCAAACGCUUUCUAUAGACUUAUCUCCAGAUACCUCCAUAGCUUUUUGUCUUUUGAAUAAUACCCAUGACCUCG